AUUUAGGUUAUAUUGUGAAUUUUGUUUUUAAACUCUAAAUAUCACUGUAUUUCAUGUAACAUAAUUAAUUUCAAAAGUGUUGUGAGGUGCCAGGAGUUGUGUAUAAUGUUCCGCGUUGUUUCAUGAUACAAGAUGGAGGCGGUAAAAUGGCUGGCGUUUAUCACUGUGUGCUCGGCAAGCCAAUACGACAGUGGAGGUGAAAAAAAUGGCUUGACUGAAAACGAAAAUUCUACUGUACGCCUUGAGCCGAUAGAAGGCACGCCCAACUUCAGACUAAUCAAGCCAGAGAAAGCCACUCAGUGGUUCCCGGAAAGAGAAAUUAAACUCGACAGUUGUGUGCGCAAAUCCCGAUGUGAAGCGCUUAAUAGAACCACCUGUCUCGGAGUGAAGUUGCCAUACAAUAAAACGAGUGUGCGUCUAACAUUCUACGAUACACAAUAUAAAAUACAGAAUCAACUGGAGUUGUAUCGUGAGCUUAUAAAUGUGCCAAAAUGCUGGGCGGUUAUACAGCCACUGUUGUGUGCUACGCUAAUGCCGAACUGUGAAAGAAUUAAUGGUCAGGAUAUGGUGUAUCUGCCCUCGUAUGAAAUGUGCAAGAUUACAAUGGAGCCCUGUGCUAUUUUGUACAAUACCUCGUACUUUCCGUCCUUUCUUAAAUGUAAUGUUACCCUGUUCCCGUCGAAGUGUGAUAAUGCUGCUCGCGAGAUGAAGUUCAAUACGACAGGGAAAUGCCUGCCGCCCCUCAUUCAUACUGAUAAAAAUGUGCAUUUUUAUGAAGGUAUCUCCGGCUGUGGUCUUCCAUGCAGGGAUCCCCUGUAUACAGAAGAUGAACACCAACAAAUCCACAGGCUUGUAGCCUGGGGAGCCUCUGCCUGUCUCGCCCUGAACCUUCUCACCGUAGCCACUUUUCUGAUAGACUGGCGGAGCGCCAAUAAAUACCCAGCGCUAGUGAUAUUUUACAUCAAUGUUUGCUUCGCCGUUGCGUCGAUGGGUUGGCUAGUACAAUUUGGUGUGGGGUCCAGGGAUGAUAUUGUCUGCUCAAAAGAUGGAACGAUUCGCCAGGGCGAGCCAUCAGCAGAGGAAAAUCUAUCUUGUGUGGUAGUUUUUGUACUGGUGUACUAUUUCAUGAUGGCGGCGUGUGUUUGGUUCGUGAUAUUUACAUACGCGUGGCACAUGAGCUUCCGGGCGUUAGGAAAAAUCCAAGAUCGAAUAGACAAAAAAGCGGCCUAUUUUCACUUAGUGGCGUGGUCUUUACCGCUUAUACUCACAAUCGCAACGAUGGCCAUCGGUGAAGUCGACGGCAGUAGUAUCACCGGAGUAUGCUUCGUGGGUUAUGUGAAUCAUGCUAUGAGAGGUGGUUUGCUUUUGGCACCUUUGUUUGUGGUUCUCAUAUUGGGAGGAUAUUUCCUUUUGAGAGGUGUAGUUUCCCUAGUAGCAGUGCGAGUGUCGAGCCGAGAUGUUAUAUCUCCUCGGGCAGCGAACAAGAUUCGUCAGACCAUAACCCGUUGUUCCCUAACCGCUACUUUGGUAGCCGUAUUCAUUUGCGUCACCUUCGCCUGUCACGUCUACGAGUUCAGGAAUGCGGAAUCCUGGAAGGAGGCCUUUAAAAGGAAUAUUAUUUGCCGCCUCGAAGCCCUAAAAGAACCAGAAAAGGAAUGUUCGAACGGCGCUCGGCCAUCGGUAUCAGUUCUUCAACUGCGUCUCUUGUGUUGUUUCGCUGCUGGCGCUCUGAUGGCUUCGUGGACGUGGACUCCGGCUGCAGCCGCCGCCUGGCGACGGUAUAUGGCCAAAAAAUGCGGGUGUUCGGUAGAAGCGGAAAUGACGCGUCGCGCGCAAAAACACGAGCUGAUAGCGCGUGCGUACAAACGCAGGAAUGAAUUCAUGACACGCGGAAGGCUCUCCAUCUCCUUGGGAGGCUCUCGACAGGACCCUGUGGGACUUUGCCUGGAUCAUACAUCGCCCAUUGACUGCCCGGAUGAUGCAAAACAUGAAAGUGGUGAGCUGUCUUCAUCAUGGGCAGCUAAUCUGCCGCGUUUUGUGCGCAGACGGGAUGCGUUAGUUUUGCCGACGCACGCACAUCAUUCGCUCAGCUCCACGCCGGAUCGACGGAAUUCACAAGACUCCCAAAUCAGCAUCAGCCUUCGUCAUUACUCCGUGGAGUCCAGACGUAACUCUCUCGACAGUCAGCUGUCUGUCAAAAUCGCCGAAAUGAAGACCAAAGUGGGUAGACGCAGGACCAAACAUACAAAAACUAAGCGAAAGAGCCGAACGCCGAGAAAGGAAAGCACGCCAUCUCUCGAGAGCCAGAUAAGUCGAUAUUGGCUUAAGGCGGUAGCCAAUAAUGAUCCUUCUAGGGAGGAGGUAAAGUUCAGUUUUGAUUGAUGCAAGAAUUGCAAUUUGCAUUUCUGAUGGGAGCGGUUAAAAUAUUUCGAAUCGUAUCCCAAUUUUUUUAGUGUAUUUACUAUGGAAAUAUGUAAACAGGCAAUUUUUAUUGAAGCCGUAGGCCGUUUCUUUAGCUGGGGCUGUUAAAUAUUUUUGUAACAUAAAAAAUACAGUGACGAAUCAAUUUUACGCGAAUAAUUCGUUAAUCCGAAUGCAUUUUAUAAAAUAUAUCAAUGUAAUUUAUCUUUGAUAAUUUGAUAAAAAAUAUUUUUAUAGUCAUCAUAUUUAAUGUAUGAUUCAUUUUUUGCAUAUUGAUAGGCAUUUUCAGAAUUCGAGACCGCAUUCAAAAUCAGUUAAAUCAAUGCAAUGUGAUUACGUUAAUUUUAACGAAAAGGAAAAUCUAUGUAACUCUGAAAGACUUUCUGAUAUGAAUUUGAAAAUGUUAUAGUAGAAAAUCUACUUAAGUUAGUGGUUAGGGCAAGAUUCAAAGACAAUUGUUAGUGCUAAAACCACUCUGAAUCUUAACUGUAUGAAAUGAGUCAAUGAAAAACAAUUUCAGCACACCAUAGUUAUUUGGUUUUUUACCUAUUGAUAUCUGUGAAAUUCAGAAAUCAAGCAAAUUUAGAUAUUGAAAACAUUACAUUUAAUUUAAACAGUGAAAAAUAUAAAAUCCUAAAAGUAUUUUUGUAGUUUUUUAAUAUCAAAGAAUGUGAAUUCUGAUUUUUAGAUUAUAAGUAUAAAGUACAAAUAACAAUUCGACUUUACCUCUCUCAGUGAUUUAGCAGAAAUAAAAUAUUUUUAUAAGCAUUGUAUAUUGUAAUUAAGGAAAUAACCAGCAAAUUGAUAUUUUACCAUUUAUCAAAGACUGAUAUUGAAUCUCGACAAUAAUCAUGACAUACUCUUUACAUGCAUUUAUUUUUUAUAUCGAUUUAAAUAUAAAUCAGUGUCAUUCAAUUGUUUUAAAAAUCUCAUUAGUACUCAUUCUAAUUUUAUUGUGUAUGAUAAAUUAUAUUAUUGUUAUAUACACAAAUACUAAAAUUUAGUUUUUAUGAAUCAGGAGGUUAAAGGUAGGAUAGCGUAAUGUAUGUGUUCUUUCUUAACACAUAUUUCGUUCCUUCCUUUCCUUUUCAAUUAAAUAUUUAACUAAAAUAAUUUUGUUCUUGGCAAAAUAUUUAUAUAAACACCUUAAUUAUUAUAUAAAUUUACCUCUUUCAACUCAUUUCAUUCAACUGUUUGGAUGAAAUACUAGAAUAAUAAUUGAGUCGUUGAUGGUAAUUUAAAUUACUUUGAUAGUAAUUUAAAUUACUUUGAUGAUCAUCAAUGUUCAACUGUGUUUCUAACUAAGAAAUUAAAAGUUAUUACUUCAAGUAAAGUUAUUAACUUCUAUUCUUAUUUAUCAAGAUGCUUUUAAACUUAUAGCAGUUGUAGAAAGACGUAAAUUUGCGUUUAAUUCCACCUUAUAUUAUUUAAGUUUAGUUAUAAUUAGUUAAUGAAACAGUUGUACCAAUUAUAAAACUUUAUAGGCGAAUGAAUAAUCAAAUGCUGUGCCAUAUAGGCUAUAUUUUGAAGUGACUGAUUUUUAAAUUGUAUUAAGUUUUGAAAUGUCAUAUGAGCAUUCGUAAAGAUAGGUUGUGAUUCAUUUAUUUUGUGGAUAAAAUACUUUUUGAAAAUCCAAAUUGAAACAACUAUUUUGUAUUAGGGUUAUACAAGUCUGUGCUAGCUUUAAAUUUUUAUCUUUACACCUUAUAUGUAAGUUUUGUAUAAUAAACACCCAAGUCAGUAA